GGGAAACGAAAGGAUAAAGAUUCACCUACUCCACCAGCCACAGAAGAACAACGUGAAUAUUUAACAGAAGAAUGUGUUAAAGAAAGAAUAACAGAAGUUGAUCUCUUUAAAUUAGCCUCAUUACCUCCUAGUUUAGAUUAUAAUGAAUGGUUAGCUACACACACAAUAGCAUUUUUUGACCAUGUUAAUUUAAUGUAUGGUGUAGUAUCUGAAUACUGUACUACAGAAGUUUGUCCUGCCAUGACAGCUCCGGGCAAUGUGCAAUAUUAUUGGUAUGAUGAUAAAGGGAAGAAAUAUAAAUAUGCAGCCUCUCAAUAUAUAGAUUAUGUCAUGUCCUAUAUCCAGAAAACUAUUACCGAUGAAACUGUCUUUCCUACAAAAUUUGGUGAAGUCUUCCCAAGUUCGUUUGAAACCAUAGUAAAGAAAAUCCAUAAAUGUUUAUUUCAAGUUUUAGCACAUAUCUUUCAUGCACAUUAUAAGGAAGCUAUUCAGUUGGGAAUUCAUGGACACUUAAAUAGUCUCUUCACUCACUUUAUGGUGUUUAAUAUGACCUUUGAACUCUUGGAGGAAAAGGACGCAGACAUUAUGCAGGAUUUAGUGCAAGCUUUAAUAAAAUCGCUAAAUGAACAUAAGAAGCGGAAGGAGGAAGAGAAAAACGGCAUGUCUGAAUUGGAGGACUCGGAAAAUAAAGAAAACUCAUGUCAACCCAACACCACUACUAGUUCAUAG